AAAACACCCUUUUUAAGCUAAUUAAUUUCAAAAUAUAAUAAAGAGUUGCUAACUUUGAUGAAAGAAGAAAGAAAGUUCCAAAUUUAUUAUUUUUGCUUUCAUCAUCAUGUGAAGUUGCGUGGAGCCAUUUUCUUUCCUCCUUACUCUUGUGUUUUUUUCAAACACCUUUUGCUUCUUUAUCACUCUGCAACACAACAACAUUUGUACAAUCAAACCCAUUUUUUUUCCUAUUUUUCAUAUCCAUAAUCCUUCAAAGAUUUCAUUGUCUUGUCUCAACAUAAAUAAUCAUUAAACAUAUCAAAAAACCAAACACCAUCACUUGCUGUUUUUUCAAGCUUUUAUUGUUCUUCUACAAGUUGUUAUUUUUCUAACAAAAGUCAAUGCACCCCAUUUUUUUUUUACCACACCCCUCAUUUGGAUCUGAAUCUCUUUUAUUUCAUUACCAUUGAUGAAAUUUCUCAAAACCUUUUUGGGUUUUCACUAAUUCACCAUAAAGAUUAAGUUUUUAUGAUUUUUAUGUGAUUUUUUCAUGAAUUUCUCAAAUGGGUCAUUUUUUCUUCUCAUGGUUUUGAUGUUGGUGCUUCUGAUCAGCUGAAAGAAAAAUUAAAAGGUGGGACAGACAUGUAUUAUUUUUUGUCUAAUGUAGACAAGCUGUGAGAUCCAAGAGGACAAUAUCAUAAUAUCCUUAAAGAGUAAGGACUUAGUCAUGUAUAAACCAUUUGUGACAUGUGAUGAUCCAAAAGGAGUUGUUGAGUGUGGAAGUAUAAGAAGGUAUAAGUCAAAUUCUCAUAAAAUGAAGGACAAGACAAAGAGUCGAAAGACGGCCGAAAAUUUAGAGACAAACAAACAAGACAAAGAAGAGAAAGUGUCAUCAAAAGUUUCGAGCGAAAGAGGUUUUGAUCCAUCUUCUUUGCAGCUUGUGAAGGUGUCUAGAGGUGCCGAGAAGUUGAACAACAUGAUUGAGUCAUGGUCUAGAGGUUUGAAGUACGGUGCAAAAUCCGAAGAUAUUGCGAAGGAUUUGUUAAAAGGGGCUCUUGAUUUGCAAGAAUCUCUUGAGAUGCUUCAAAAGGUGCAAGAAGUUUCGAAUAAUAUGGCUCGAUCGAAGAAGAAACAAGAUGAGGAACGUGAAAGAAGUAGAAUUGAUGCAAAGGUGAAUGAUGGAAUUAGAACAAUGCAUUCCAAUCAUUUUGUUGAACACAAUUCUGCUUAUGGUUCUUCGAGUAGUUGUAGAGAGGAACUUAAGAAAGUGAUUAAGGAGAGUUUGGUUAGACAGAAUCUAUUCCAAAGCACAAGCACUUCUGAAGGAUUAGAUUCAGCUUCAGCAGCAUUUCCUUCUACAAGCUCAAGUCAAUCUUCUGUUGUUUGGUAUGACAAACUUUCCGAUUCUUCAUCGUCACCGAAUUUUCCAAGGAAGGAAAAAAGUACCAAUCUUGUUGCAAAGUUGAUGGGAUUAGAACAAGUCCCCUCAAGAACAUUUCCAUCUGUUAUGCAAAAACAGUUGGAGAAUCAAAAGAUUGUGAAUCAAAAGAGACCUGUAUUCGAGAUUGACACGCCGAAGGCAAGAAAGAAUAGUUCAUUUAUUGAGAGGGCUAAUAUCGAGAAACAAAAGACUCUGAGGGAAAUUCUUGAAACUACUCAUUACAAUGGAUUUUUGAAGAAUAGUCCUAUUAGAGAGCACAAGCUUCAUAAUCAUGUUCAUCAUUCGGAUGAUCUUGAUCACCAAAAGUUUGAUGAUUUACCACCGAUUGUGCUCAUGAAACCUCGGCGCGCUACAUAUCAAGAAUUUGUAGAAACUUAUGAGCCAGUUCGUCCGGAAGAGUUCUCGUUUAGAAAUCUAAAAGAGAAAACAGUCUCUUCAAAAACCUUCAAGCCAAGGGAAGGUUCGGAUACAAAUAUGAGAAAAGACGUGGAAGAAAAUCUAUCCAAAAGGAUUAUCAAAGAAGAAAGACCGAAGCGCGUCAAAGAGGUUGUGGAAUUUGAUGUGAAAGAAAUCAAACCGGUCGAAAACAAGAAGGUGGUUCAAAAAGCUAGUCGCAGAUUACAGGCAAGUGAAAAAGUCGAUGAAAAAGUUAAGGUAAAGACUAUUAAUAUUAGCAGAAAGCCGGUAGAGAAGGAUGUUUCAAAAGCUAAAGCUAUAACGAAAGCUCAAGAUCAAGGAGAAAUCAGGUCUAGUAGUGAAAAGUUGAGGAAGCCGAGAAGUGUGUCGAGGAUUGAGAAGAAUGAGAUUCCAUACAAAAAAGGCACUGCUUCUUCAAAUUCAAAUAUCAUCACAAAACCAAAGACACCAAAAGUUAAUAACUCAAAGGAAUUGAGAAAAAGUCCGAUGAAGAAGCAAAGGUCUGUUGAUGAGGCUGAAGCAGCUAAACCACUUGAUGAGCAAUUAAGGGAAGAAGAGGGAAUGAGUAUGAAUGUUUCUUGUAAAGAUGAGUGUACCGAGAUUAAAAUAAUCACUACAAUAACAGAAGAUCUCAUCAUGGAUCAUGAAGAAGUAGACACCUAUGCAAAUAAGACUAAUGAUAAUUGCGAGGUGGACCGUCAUAAUUCUUCAAGUGAUGAUGUUUUGAUGAUAAAUUGUGAACAUGAAAAUGAUACCAUCUCAGCCGAGGAAGCUCUUGACACCGCCAGCAUCAAUGAAACUGGUUUCAAGCAAGACAAAGACAUUGAUGACACCACGAGUAUCAGUGAAACCGAUUUCCAACCUGAUAAAGACACUUCUGAGCUGAAAUAUUUGCUUCUAACAAGUAAAUCAUUUAUUGACCAUGCAGAUGAGCUUCUCAAUCUUGAUGUUGAUUAUCCUAAUAUCAUACCAAAGAUUGAAACUAACGGAAUAGCCAAUACAAAACUCUAUUUGGAUUGUGCAAAUGAACUCGCCGAGCGAAAAAGUCUUCGAGACUCAUCACAAGUAGUUCACCCUUUAUUGCUAACUUAUGUUGGGAAUUCAAGAUUGCAAAUAUCUUUGAGCAGCUUGGUUGAAGAAGUGAACAAUGCAAUUGAGAAUUUGACAUCUUAUAGUGAAAAUUCUGAGACUAAACUUAUUUUGGACAAUGUUUGUGCAAUGUUGGAGAGAGAUAUGAAUUGCAACAAUAGAUUGAUGAAUGGAAUAUGGAACUGUGGUUGGAAGCAUGGAUUUUCUUCUGAUGAAGUUGAGCAAGUUGUUCAUGAAGUAGAAAACAUGGUUUUAGGUGGAUUAAUUGAGGAGAUUAUUGUAAAUUUAUGAUUACAUAUUUUGAGACAUUUUGAAUAUACAGCCCUUAGAUAUGUAUCUUGGCUGCAUCACAAUCCAGUGACUGCAUGCAGUCAGCCACAUCUAAAUUGAAUGAACGGUUCAGAUUUUAAGCUCAAUAUUUUAAAUUUGCAAGUAAAUAUGAACCUUUCGAUCUUUGUUGAACUAUCUAGUCGUGGCUGACUGAAUGCAAUCACGCUGCACACAAUUCAAAUAACUUAGAUAUCAGCAUCUUCACCUUGUAUAUAAUAAGGACUAAUGGAAUUGACCACAUGAUAGAAGAGUUGAAGAAGUUGAUUGCAGAAGUUGCAUAA